UACACUAGUGCCAUUAUUUUGUAUAUGUUCGAAGCUAAUCUCUGUGGACAAGAAGUCAUAGAUCACAACAGAAAUUUAUUUCAUGCUGUAUAUAACGUUUAUUGGUAUAUAACACCAUUAAGUAUACAGAAAUUGAUAAUAUUGCUAUUACAAAGAGGUAAUAAACCCUUCUUCCUGAAUGUUGGUGGACUAUUUAUAAUGUCUUUAGAGAACUUCGCUAUGUUGUUGAGCGCGUCGAUAUCUUAUUUCACCGUUAUAUAUUCCACGCAAAUCAAUGAAAAAUAACACAAGGAUCUAUUGU